CAAAAGUCAAGCACUGGUUGGAUUAUGUCAGCGACAAGCAUUCAGCCAACAAAAUGUCUUGGCUCGAGUGAAACACACAAAGCUGCAGUUCCGUUCUUUUCAGAUAUUGCUUGCGGUCCAUUUUACAUGGAAGCAUUUCACUGUUGAGGCAAUUUAAAGGAGACUAGGUCAUGCUCGGAACACACUGAGAGAAAUACGUCCUAAAGAGAAAAGUAUCUUGAUGUCAAGACAUAGGAGAACGUCGGGUUCAGACCGCAGCGAGGCAGACUCAUCCGAGCCUGAAGAGGGUCCCAUUCAUAGGACAAGGCACCGGUAUUCGAAUUCGAAUAGAACAAAAUCUCAUACGUAUCGACAGCGAGUAUCACAUGUACCUCCUGAAAACACUUCAUGGGUAGAUUUGCCCUGGGCACCUGUUCCUUCCCAGAUUGACAGGCAUAACAUCUCCAAUGGACGAGACAAAUGCUUUGACGAAGAAACAGAUGUGGUUAUGCGUGAUAUUGCAUCUUCUCAUCGUUAUCAAGCAAGGGAGAGUAAUGAUUCACCCAUCUCGCUGAAAUUGCAAGAGCCACGAUUGAGCAGAAUUGGCUUGGUACCUGCCGUUCGCUGGGUGUUAGUUACAUUAGUUUCAUGGCAGAGACAGCCCCUGUUGACAAUUUUCUAGACACCUAGAAAGGACAGUCAUGGAUUUAACCUCUUUUCAGGUGAUUACUUCCGGUGCCUAAAUUAACAUGGAGC